UUUCCCAAACCCUAAAAGCCUCCUCCUCCUCCCUAACACCACCCCCGCCGCCGCCACCUCUAACCUCCAGAUCCAAUCCACCGUCGCCGCCGCAACCAUGGGCUUCGACAUGGGCGUUGUCCCCUCCAAUCCCGACGGCUGGGGUCCUCCUGACGUGCCGGCAAUUCCGCAGUCCCUGGGCGGCGGCGCCUCCAUCCCCUUCGCGCCCUUCUCCCGCUCCGACAAGCUGGGCCGCAUCGCCGACUGGACGCGCAAUCCCGCGGGCCCCGCCGCCUUCGCCGCGGCCUCCCGCGACUCCGUCUUCGACUUCACCUCCGCCGACGACUCGCUCGUCGCCGGGGCCGAGGACUCUUCGUUCCGCCUCGUCGACGCCAAGCCGCCGCCGCGCCAGCCGCGUUUCGGCCCCAGGUGGCGCUUCAACCAGCGCCCGCAGCUGCCGCAGCGCCAGGACGAGGAGGUGGAGUCGCGCCGCCGCUUGGCCGAGAAGGAGCGCGCCCGCCGGGAGCGCCACUUCCAGAGCAAUCGCUCGCACCACCACCCCGGCUUCCGCGGUAACCAGUCCUCGUCGUCGGCCAAGCCCUCCGUCGACAUCCAGCCCGACUGGACCAUGCGCGAGCAGAUCCCUUUCGCCAACUUCACCAAGCUCUCCUUCUCCGUCGCCGACCAGCCCGAGGACCUCCUCGUCUGCGGCGCAGUCGAGUUCUACGACCGCACCUAUGACCGUGUCAACCCCAAGGCCGCGCGCCGUCUCGAGCGCUUCAAGUCCCGCAACUUCUUCAAGGUCACCACCACCGAUGACCCUGUCAUCCGCCGCCUCGCCGAAGAGGACAAAGCCACAGUGUUCGCCACUGAUGCCAUCCUCGCGGCGCUCAUGUGCACGCCCCGCAGCAUCCAGUCAUGGGACAUUGUUGUGCAGCGCGUGGGCAACAAGCUGUUCUUUGACAAGCGUGAUGGUUCCCAGCUCGACCUGCUCACUGUCAAUGAGACUGCGCAGGAGCAGCUGCCGGAGAAUAAGGAAGACAUCAACUCAGCACACUCACUGGCUGUUGAGGCCACCUACAUCAACCAGAACUUCUCACAGCAGGUGCUGCACCGCGAUGGUGAGAAGGUUACCUUUGAUGAGCCUAACCCUUUUGCUUCUGAGGGUGAGGAGGCGGCAUCUGUUGGCUACCGCUACCGCCGCUGGAAGCUUGAUGAUGAGAUCAGCCUUGUUGCUCGUUGUGAGGUGCACGCUGUCAUUGCUGAUCCAAGUGGUGGUCGCCAGUUCCUUGCGCUCAAUGCUCUCAAUGAGUUUGAUCCUAAGAUUACUGGUGUUGACUGGAGGCAGAAGCUUGAGACCCAGCGUGGUGCUGUCCUUGCUACAGAGCUCAAGAACAAUGCGAACAAACUUGCUCGCUGGACUGCCCAGGCUUUGCUUUCUGGUGCUGACAUGAUGAAGUUGGGUUAUGUUUCACGUGUGCAUCCUCGUGAUCACUACAACCAUUCCAUACUCACUGUAAUGGGGUACAAGCCAAGAGAUUUUGCUGCACAGAUCAACCUCAAUACUGCAAACAUGUGGGGAAUCGUCAAGUCAAUUGUGGACAUUUGCAUGAAGUUUGAAGAGGGCAAGUAUGUGUUUGUGAAAGAUCCAGCAAAGCCCCAGGUGAGGAUCUAUGAGGUGCCUUCUGAUGCGUUUGAGAAUGAUUAUGUUGAAGAGCCACUUCCAGAGGAGGAGCAAGUUCGCCCGCUAGCAGAUGUUGAUGCCACUGCACAGGAAAUGGAUGCAGCUGCUGAGGCAGAGGCUAAUGGUACAUCAGCUGCUAAUGGUGGACAGGGUGACAAGAGUGCAGAGGUGACUGCUGCUUGAAGGGCUUCUGUAUUGGAACGGGUUUAAAUUUCCUCAAUUCUGCAGGUAUGUCGGAUAGUUUAAAUUUUCAAGUGUUCUAUGGGCCGAGGGAGGUUAGAUAUGGUCUAGAAGGGGUAGAUUUGAGUGGAUUUCCCUGUUUCACCAAGUGUGUUCCAAGAGCAAGAGAGAGAACUUGGGGGCAUUUGCAAGUGGCUUUGUAGGGACCUUGGUGUUGAUAGAGAUCAAGUGGAUGUGUCUGUGAGGGUUGUAGUCAAAAGAUGACCCGACAUAAAUUUUUGAGAGUUGCUUCCGCUUGAAGGAACUUCGAGCUACCGGACUUACAUAAAUGGUUGCACGAGAAAAGGUUUAUCAAUCAUAUGGUAUGUUCAACUGUUCAUGAAGGGUGGAUCUAGCAGUCAUAUUGAAGAAGAAGUAAGAGGUGAUGAAGUUGAAGUGGAAGAAGAUGUGCAGAGUACUGAGGGUGGAAAUGAAGAACUUGAUUAUGAUGAACAAGAAGGGGGAGAUGCAGAGAAUGAUGUUGCCUCCCUCGCACUAAAUGGGGAGGCUGAUGAGGGGGAAGAAAUUCCUGAGUUAGUAGAGCAGCUGGAGAUUGAAGGAGAGGAGGCCAAUGGUGCCGUGGAUGGUAACUUGUCCGAUGAGGAAGAUGCUUAUCCUGUACCGCGAAAUUGGUCAAAUUAUGACCAUUUCACCCUACAGGUCAAUAUUGGGGAAAAUAUUCCUUGGGAUUAUAGGGAGAAUGAGGUAUGCGUGGGGACUUUGUACCAAAGUAGGGAUGAAGUGAAAGUGACUAUUAAGAGAU